AUGGUCUACAACUGGGAGCCUCACAAAGAUGUAUUGUACAAACUCUACAUCGAAGAGCGCAAGUCGCUCGAAGAGAUUAUGCAAUACAUGCGCGACACCACAGACUUCAACCCUUCCAAGCGUGCAUUCCAAACCCAGUUCCGGCGAUGGGGUUUCCCCUCAAAGCGCAAACCCGCCCAUCGCGAUGAAGAUCUAGUUGAACGCGUAAGACAACUCUGGGAAGCCAACUACAGCCAACGGAAUAUGCUUGCAGUUCUACAUGCCGAAGGUCAUGAUAUCAAAGAGCGGGAACUCAUGAGGCUACGUGCAAAACAUCGAUGGCUGAUGAGAAUUCCGAAUGGCGCGAAACAGACGCCCAUGGACGAGGAAGAGGCUUCUUUUGAAGCGCAGUUGCUCCGUGUGGCUCAAGAAGAGAACGCGCUCAACGAGCAAUCUCAAGCCAUGCCGAGUGUUCUUCCUGAAGAACCUCCCGAGGAAUUCGUUCAGAGACAGCGAGAGCGCCUCGAGCAACUCAAGGAGAUCAGUGAAGAGCGGCGAAAGAAGAAGAAGCGUCGUCGCCGAACCAAGGAAUAUGCUGGACUUCCCGCGGACCCCCCUGGCCCCCCGCGAUUUCCUUCCGAGACUACACUGGAGGAAAGCAGAGAAAUCCUGUCCUUGUCCACAAAACAAUACCGCGUGAUUCGUGACCAAUUUCAGGCGAUGUGCGAAGCCGAGGGAGUUUUGCAGAAAACUGUUGCAGGAGCCGACAAGUGGCAAGCCAUCAAGAACCGACUCAUUCACGAGAGUGACAUCUUGCAAGCCAGGUUCUACACCGACCCGACAGAUCCUACCGUGGCCAAGAAAAAGGAGCUUGCCUUGGAUGUCAUUUGCACUGAUGUCACGAAACGCAUACGGACGAUGGGCCGCCGUCUGACCAUCUUGGAAUCGAAGAAUGUCCUAGGCCUCAACCCUAAGCAAAGCCGACAGAUCCGCAGUGGCUUCUACGACAUUCUCAUGUCUGAGCACUACACCAGCAAGAUCGAGAUGGGUCCGGAGAAAUGGCAAGAACUCAAAGAUAGAUGGAUCGCCAAUACUCCUUUACUUCAGCACAUUCUUGCUCCAGGCGCGGAUGAUCCUUUGCAUGAAAAGAAGAAAGCUGCUCUCGAGCUCCUAUGUCGGGACGUCAUGAAGCGUGUUCGAGAUGACAGAGCCAAGAAGAAGGGUACAUUUAGACAAAAGCCAAUACCAGCCUCAGUCGAUCCUGAGUUGGAGGCGACCGACCAACCCACCGCAGACAACGCGUAUGCGCCUCUACAGCCAGUCAAUCCAUUCAGUGAAGUUGCGGCCGCCGCACAAAACACGGAUCUCUCGGUUCUGCAGAUCGAUCCCGACUUGCUUCAAGCUGCCGAAAGCAGCGUGGCCGCAGCGCCGGUGUCCGCCAUGAUUCCUGUCUACAUUCGACCACAUCCCAAGUCUACGUUGUACGGCAACACCAAGAUGUGGCUGGGAUCGUUGUCGGCUCGGACAGUACAAGAACUUCACGCGAUGCUUGCGGUCAAGUAUCCCAACACGAAACCUGCUCGCAUCGAGGGUAUUGAAAAGGACGCUUCUGGCAACGAAAUUCCUUACCAGAUUGACGAAGACGACGAAUUGGACGCAUAUCUUGAUCACGUUCAAGGCCGGAAGGCAACAUUCGUUGUCCUUCUCCAGAACGCAUGA